AUGUCAGACACAGAGAAUAUUGAUAUAACAAAUCUUAGUGAGGGAAAGGUUGAAAAGUAUAUACAACAAUUAGAGAAUUCUAUUCUUAAGAGAACAACAAUGUAUGGUUUAAAUGAUGUAACAGUAAGUGAUUGAAAUUAACUAAAUUAUUAGAUGAUGAAAUAGAAUCAUAUAUUGUGUAAAUUAUUGAAUCAACAAGGUCUAAUAGCAUUAUAAAAAUAAAAUUAUGAAUAAUGUAUAGAAUAUUUACGAAAGGCUGAAUUGGCAACUAUUUAUGUUCCAGAAUUAAAGGUUUGAUUUAACGAUAACAUAGGUUUAAACUUUUAAUAAUUUGGCUUGUUAUUAUAGAAAGAUGGGUAAAACUAGAACAGCUCUUUAAUAUUUACAAUAGGCAUUAUCAAUUGAAUUAUAGUAUUGAUAAUCUUAUAUUAGAUAAAAACAAUCCACUUCACUUCCUGACAUUUACUUAAAUUUAUGUGCAGUACUUUCUUAAUUAGAAAGACAUGAAGAAGCCAUAUAACACAUUUAUUUAUCAAUCAUUAUGUUACAACAUGAAUUACUCAUUUCUACUUUCUAAAAACCUGAAUAAAGAUAAGAUUAACUCAAUGAAUAAUGUAUUUCUAAAUAUACAAUAUUAAGUAUUCCCAUCAAGAUAAUCAAGUGUAUAAUAUGUUAAUAGUGUUAAAUCACAUUGUAAUGAAACUAAAAAAUAAUAAGAGAGAAUGUCUAUAUUAGUUGUUGCAUAUCAUAAUUUAGGAGUUGAAAUGGAACAUCUAAAAUUAUAAUUUGAAUCCAAGAAGAUAUUUUAAUCUGCUUUAUUAUUAUCAGAAUAGUGUUUACCAUAAGAACAUCAAUUAAGACAUACUCUAGAAGAAAUCAUCAAAAAAUAUAAUACUGAGUAAUAAUAAUUGGUAAAUGAGUAACUUACUCUUAAACCGCUACUUCCUAAAGUUCAUCAAAAAAAUUAAGAACUUAAAUAAAUAUAUAAUAGUGUCUCUCCUAAACAAAUUAUCAAAAGAAAUACCUAAUUAUAAUAAAUGAAAAACAAUUAAUAUAAGAAUUUCAAAUUCAUGAAAAAAAAUUCAUAUACUGAAACAUAUAGACUUGAAAGAGAUAGAAUAAUGAGUAUCAAUGCAACAACUGAUGUUAUUAUCAAAAAUUAAGAGAAUAAAGACAUAAGUAAUCUUCCAUUUUUAAAAACAGCCUUAGAUACCGUUAAUUAAACAACUAUAUUUUGA